UGCCUCGAGCUGCGUGGAUCGCCAGCCCAGAUGGAAAUACACUGUAAGCACGACCCGUUUGCAGCGAUGCAUAGACAUGGAGGAGUGAAUCAGUUAGGGGGUGUUUUUGUGAAUGGUCGACCACUCCCUGACGUAGUUCGCCAAAGGAUUGUGGAACUCGCCCAUCAAGGUGUCAGACCCUGCGACAUUUCCAGGCAACUUCGAGUCAGUCAUGGCUGUGUCAGCAAAAUUCUUGGCAGGUACUAUGAGACUGGAAGCAUUAAACCUGGAGUUAUUGGGGGGUCAAAACCAAAGGUUGCCACGCCCAAAGUAGUAGAAAAAAUUGCAGAAUAUAAACGCCAAAACCCCACCAUGUUUGCCUGGGAGAUCAGGGACAGACUUUUAGCAGAGCGAGUGUGUGAUAAUGACACAGUGCCCAGCGUUAGCUCCAUUAACAGGAUUAUACGGACAAAGGUACAGCAACCACCCAACCAGCAAGUUCCAGCCUCCAGUCACAGUAUAGCCUCCACGGGGUCUGUGACCCAAGUGUCCUCAGUAAGCACAGACUCAGCAGGGUCCUCCUACUCCAUCAGUGGAAUUCUGGGCAUUACAUCUCCCAGUGCUGAAAGCAACAAACGCAAACGAGAUGAAGGUAUUCAGGAGUCUCCAGUACCAAAUGGCCAUUCUCUUCCGGGUAGAGACUUCCUCCGAAAACAAAUGCGAGGAGACCUUUUUACCCAACAGCAGUUAGAAGUGUUGGAUCGAGUCUUUGAAAGACAACAUUAUUCUGAUAUCUUCACGACAACCGAACCCAUCAAACCAGAGCAGUCAACAGAAUACUCAGCCAUGGCAUCACUAGCUGGUGGAUUAGAUGACAUGAAAGCGAAUUUAACAAGCCCUACUUCAGCAGAUAUAGGAGCCAGUGUUCCAGGGCCUCAAUCAUACCCUAUUGUGACAGGUCGUGAUUUGGCAAGCACAACCCUCCCUGGGUACCCUCCACACGUCCCCCCUGCUGGACAGGGCAGCUACUCUGCUCCGACGCUGACAGGGAUGGUGCCUGGGAGUGAGUUUUCUGGAAGUCCAUACAGCCACCCACAGUAUUCAACAUACAAUGAUUCUUGGAGAUUUCCUAAUCCUGGAUUGCUAGGUUCUCCUUACUAUUAUAGUGCAGCAGCACGUGGAGCAGCACCACCAGCAGCCGCAGCUGCUUAUGAUCGUCACUGACACAAGGAACCAAGAAGCACUUAUUUGUCAUAUCAUGCUGGAUAAUACCACUGGAAUCACCUAGAAUGCAACUGCAAAAAUCAGACUACAAGGACGGAUAAAAGUAAAUAGUCCACACAAACCCAUGCAAUGAUUGGAAUGUUGUUUAUUCAGCUAGGUGAACUGCUUAUUACUUGCUAUUUUUAAUCAAUGAAAUUCUAGUGACCUUAAAUGAA